AUGGGCGCAAGAACAUACAAUUAUAUCAAGGACUUUCUGACGGGGCGGACCACCGAGCUCUGCGCCGGCGAUCUACGGCUCCAAGAGAAGAGGCUCGGCAGUGUCGGGACCCCCCAAGGCUCGGUCAUCUCGCCGUUGUUAUUCAACCUCGUUAUGAUCGGGGUGGCCAAGCGACUCUCUCGCGUUGAGGGCGUCCGGCACACCAUCUACGCCGAUGACAUCACGCUGUGGGUUCCGGGAGGCAGCGAUGGUCACAUUGAGAGCACGCGGCAAGAAGCCGUCGACGCGAUUGAAGACCAGCUGAACGGUUCCGGUUUGAUCUGCUCACCGAGCAAGUCAGAACUGCUGGUGUUACCACCGAAAUACGUCAGACGUAAGAAGAGCGAAGCGAGGGAUUACGAGGCCAUCAAGGUCGUGACGAGGAACGGCCACGUGAUCCCGGAGGUCGACAAAAUCCGGGUGCUCGGCAUGAUCAUAGACAAGCGACGGGGCAACGGGUCUCGCGCAACGGGGAUCGUUGGAACACCGGCGCGACUAGGGCCACCAGGCCUUCGGAACCCACAUCUCCAGGUGAGGUUCACCUGGCCGAGCGUCCGUCUUCGGGACAGGGAACACCUCGGGUCGUUGCACGGCACGAGACCCCGGAACGGCCUGCUGCAGCCUCGAACCCGCAUCUACGUGCGAGGUUCGGGAGAGCGAGCGUCCGUCGUCGAGACGAGGAGCGCCUCGGGUCGUUGCCUUGCACGAGGCCUCAGGUCGGCCUGCCGGCAUCUUGGAACCCGCUUCUACGCGCGAGGUUCGGGUGACCGGGCGACCGAGUGGCCUGUUCUCGUCUACGGAGCUGUGGGCCGUCCACCUUUUCCUGCCCCGUGCUGCUGCGUCUGCUAUUCCACGCCGGUCAUCACUCGACCAACAAGCGUUUCACCUCAAGGACUCUACGUGUCACCACACUGCGGACUUAACCGCAACCUCCUUGUGCCCGGACUGCUGCUCCGUGCCAGUCCGAGUUUCGAGCCACCAGGACAGGUCGGAACAACAUGCGUCGUGAAUGCCACCACUAUCAACCUACAACGAGAUUCCGUGCUGCAUCACUCGUCAUCCACCUGCGCGGACGCUGGGAGCCGGGGCUGUGCACAUCACAUGUGCCCAGCGCCACCACUCAACCCACCUAUAAAAGACCACCUCAAGCAAGGCCGAGCCAUUGAGCACGGCGGCACUUAUGGAAUGCGAUCAGCCAACAAUGCGCUUAUCUUCAUCCUACAGAUUGCGCUGUGGCCAAGCGGCCUCACCACCGGGCAGGCCACACAUAUGCACGCAAAUGGAACAAUGCCAGUGGCUUCGGAUGACAGAGCACGGGACAACAAAUCUGCGUAGACUCCGAUCACGAUCGACGCCCUUCAACUACGCAGCGACCACGUCACGGAUGCGGUCACAACAACCUUAUCAGGCACUCGGCAGCAUAUAAACCCGACCCAUGACCCCAUCCGCUUCAGUGGACUUGGUGGCACCGACCAGACGACCAUGCUUAUUCCUGCUCUUUUCGUUGUGGAGAUUGCGCUGUGGCCAAGCGGCCUCACCACCGGGCAGGCCACACAUAUGCACGCAAAUGGAACAAUGCCAGUGGCUUCGGAUGACAGAGCACGGGACAACAAAUCUGCGCAGACUCCGAUCACGAUCGACGCCCUUCAACUACGCAGCGACCACGUCACGGAUGCGGUCACAACAACCUUAUCAGGCACUCGGCAGCAUAUAAACCCGACCCAUGACCCCAUCCGCUUCAGUGGACUUGGUGGCACCGACCAGACGACCAUGCUUAUUCCUGCUCUUUUCGUUGUGCAGUUGCUCACGUAGCCCCCUCCUGUUUGGACAGAUGUCGGCAGUAUUGUGAAAAGAAAUAACUAACUACCAAAGAAAUUCAACAUUAAAGCAGCACACUUUUCUCAGCUUUGUUUUUCUAGCAGCUAGUAACGAACA